GUGGACAGUCGGCUUUUAGACUCGGCAAGUUAUAACUUCAGUACAGCGGAUGUGAGCAGAAUACUUGAGCUGUUAGCUUAAAUGGCAGAUUACGCUACAGACAGCGCUUCGUCUGUAAUAGCGCCGUUAUGCAAGUUUGCUGGUUUUAUUUUUGGACUGACAGCCGCUAGUUGUGUAGUUUUCGUGACCGUAACUCCUUGUUGGUACGUCAUCUAUGCCGAAGCAUCGAUCUCGCCAUACGAGAAUUGUUAUGGUCUUUGGAAAUUUUGCAGCUCUACCGGUUUGUGUGGAAAAUGGCUUUCCGGUUCCCUUCUCGGCUCGCAUGGAGCGCAGCGGACAGUAUGCAGAGGUCUCAUGAUAACUGCUUGUCUACUAAGUGGGUUUGCUUUGAUUCUUAACGUUAUGGGAAUGCGAUGCAUCCUGCUUUUUCGUCUUUUACCACGGACAAAAGAAAAGUUAACUCGACGUGCGGCUGUUGUAUGGAUAGUAGCAGGUACCUUCGUAUUAAUAUCAAGCACCUGGUAUGGUCUGGAAGUAAUGUAUUCAGUAUGGGAUGAAGGUAAAGCUUCCGAACUUUCAGACGGUAUAUUUGUGGGUUGGGGAGCAACUGCGUUUGCUUAUGCAGCUGCCGGGCUAUUGUGGAUAGGUGCAACUGUAUCGAGAAGUGAAAGGAAAGAAGCAGAAAAACGACGAGAUUCGAUUUUAUCAACAGUAGCCGCGGCGUACGCUGCUAGUCGCAGUGGUUCAGGGGCAAGCACGACUUGUUGCUGCUACUUGGCGCCUCGGCUGCUCGGCUGCGGCCACGAGUGCGGGCACCAUAGCAACACAGGGGACGACAAGAUACGAACUCUGGAACCCAUCACUGAAUGUCAGGUGACAUCGCACGCAAGGACAACAUACAUGUAAUUUAGAGAAUUCGAGAAAAUUAUUAGGAGGCAAGAUUCGUAACCGCUGUUUAAAAGCUCUAAUAAAACAGUUCAACAAAGCA